AUGCCUCCUGAACGAAAGUUUGUUGUCGUGCCGAGCUUAUCCUUUCUUUACUUCGUUUGUUCUUGGGGAGUGUGUCUGGCGAGGUCUGCGCUCGGCUUUUGGCGGUUCCUUGUACCGAAGAGUGGACGGUUAGUCCGUUUUGUUCGUGGGGAACGUUGCUUGCGAGGUCGGCGCUCAGCUUUUAGGAGGUUCCUCGGCACUUCGAUUUUUAGUCUUAGUGCGGAGGAGCGGAUGGUCAAUCCGUGUAAGUUCGUGGGGAACGUUGCUUGCGAGGGGCCUUCCCAGUUAGCGCCGAGCUUCCCUGCGUUGACUUCUCUAGGUUUCUCAAAUACUUUGCGCAGCACGAGGUCGCCGUCGGCGAAAGAUCUACCGAACGUUCUCUUGUUGUAG